GGCCCGCGGCGGCCGCGCCCGUGAAGAGGGCGGCGCGGCGCGAGCGGACAAGAUGGCGCCGGCGGGAGCGGCGGCGGAGCGGGGGCUGAAGCGGCUGGUGUGGCAGAAGCUAAAAUCAUCAAUAUUUGAUGACUGCAAGAAAGAGGAAGAAUGGAAGAUAAUUGUUUUAGAUGAUUACACUACUAAAUUACUGUCACUAUGCUGUAAAAUGACUGAUUUGCUGGAAGAGGGUAUCACAGUUGUGGAGAACAUAUAUAAAAACCGAGAGCCUGUCCCACACAUGAAAGCAAUUUAUUUCAUAACUCCAACCAAAAAGUCUGUAGAUGGACUUAUUGAUGACUUCAUCAGCAAAUCAUCUCGCAGAUACAAAGCAGCAUAUGUCUACUUCACUGACUCUUGUCCUGACAAUCUUUUCAACAAAAUGAAGUCUGCCUGCUCAAAAUCAAUAAGGAGAUGCAAAGAAAUUAGCAUUUCCUUCUUCCCAUAUGAGUCUCGGGUAUUUACUCUCAAUGUCCCGGAUGCCUUUUACCGCUGUUAUAGUCCAAUUUUGGAAAAGACUAAGGAUAAAGAUUCUGUAAUGGAAGUUAUGGCUGAACAAAUUGUUACAUUAUGUGCCACUUUAGAAGAGAAUCCAGGAGUACGAUAUAAAAGCAAACCAUUGGAUAAUGCUAGCAAACUUGCACAGCUUGUUGAAAAAGGUCUUGAAAACUACUAUAAAACUGAUGAGACAAGCCAAAUAAAGGCCAAAACCCAUUCUCAACUACUAAUAAUUGAUCGUGGCUUUGACCCAAUAUCGACUGUACUUCAUGAGCUCACUUUCCAGGCAAUGGCGUAUGAUCUGCUACCAAUUGAAAAUGAUACUUACAAAUACAAAACAGAUGGACCUACUGGAAAGGAAAAGGAGGCAAUUCUGGAGGAAGAUGAUGAGCUCUGGGUACAGAUUCGACACAAACAUAUUGCAGAUGUGAUAGAGGAAAUACCAAAACUUCUGAAAGAAAUUUCAUCAAAAAGAAAAGCAACAGAAGGAAAAUUAACGCUAUCGGGUCUGGCCCAGUUAAUGAAAAAGAUGCCACACUUCCGUAAGCAGAUUACUAGGCAAGUUGUUCACCUUAACAUAGCAGAAGAUUGCAUGAGCAAGUUCAAACCUAAUGUAGAAAGGCUUUGCAAAACUGAACAGGACUUGGCUCUUGGAACUGAUGCAGAAGGUCAGAAAGUAAAAGACCCAAUGAGAGUCCUCUUUCCAGUUCUGCUCAACAAAAGUCAUGACAAUCAUGAUAAAAUUAGAGCAAUUCUCCUGUAUAUCUUUAGCACAAAUGGAACUACCCAGGAGAACUUGGACAAGCUGAUCCAGAAUGUACAAAUAGAAAGUGACAGUGACAUGAUAAGAAACUGGGAGUACCUUGGUGUUCCUGUUCUCUCUUCAACUGCUUCUCAGCAAUGUAAACAGCCCAGAAGAGAUCGUUCUUCAGAAGAAACUUUUCAGCUUUCUAGGUGGACACCUGUUAUGAAAGACAUUAUGGAGGAUGCUAUAGAAAACAAACUAGAUUCAAAAGAAUGGCCUUAUUGUUCCCAGUGUCCUCCUACCUGGAAUGGGUCAGGAGCAGUGAGUGCUCGCCAGAAACCCAAAGCUAGUUACCAUGAUGAGCGAAAAAGUAGUGCAAGACUGAUUAUAUUUGUGAUUGGAGGCAUUACAUACUCUGAGAUGCGCAGUGCUUAUGAAGUUUCUCAAGCCUACAAGUCUUGUGAAGUUAUCAUUGAUGUCCCCAGUGGGUGGAAGAGGGACUCUGCCUUCCUACUCAUGACACUUCCAACUUUCAAACCUCUCAAAACAUUGUCCUUUUCCAUUUUCCAGGUUCUACUCAUCUUUUGACACCUAAAAGAUUACUGGAUGAAGUAAAGAGCCUUAGUAAGCCAAAGGAUAUGGUCUGCACUAAGGAUGAAUAGAAAUGGUGAUGUUUAUAAUGUAUUUGGAAAAGGCAAGGAGUAUGUACAUAUUCUUACAGAUUUGACUUUUCCAGAUACUGUACUGGGGCACUAUGUGGGUUUGACUGAUUAAGUGUCAUUUUAUAACUUAAAUUUGCUGCUUUUUGGGGAAGUAUAAGGCAGAGAGAAGAAAAACCACUUGUGGUUUUUAGGUUGUAUUUUGUGUAGGCUGUGUUACACUGUAAAGUGCUUUUCGGAAAAGGGCACGUUCAUCCUUAACAAACUAUGCUAAGAUUUGUGACCAUGAUUGUAUAUAUAUUCUAUUAAUUUUUUGAGAACUCUGAAAGUUUUAUGUAACUGGAGAGUUUAUUUCUUAAAAAACGAUUGAAAUAAAAAGGGUCUAGGUCCUUAGGUGGAGGCUUCAAAAGAAAGUUUGUAAAUAUAAUUGUAUGGUAAAAUGAUUUCACACAAGUGCAGUGGCUCUAACUGUAACACUUUCUAUAAAAUGAUUCACUUCUUAAAUGUAUGUCAUCUUGUGACAAAUCAUGAAAUGUAACAUUUUACAUGCCUAAAAGAUCAGAAGAAGGGGUUUCAGAUGGUGGUGGGUAAGAUAGAAAGUUAAUCGUGGAAAUACUAAGCAGUUCUAAUUUCAAUAAAUAACUUACAAGAAAAUGCUGUCAGUUUUGUGCACUGAAGUAUACUUAAGUACCUGCAGGGGUUAUUAGUAAAGCUUUUCAAAAAGAACAACUUUAUUCUUUAUAAGCUUCCUUAUGACUGUCUACAUAGUUCCUCUAUUUAAUGAGAUGAGUUACCUGAGAUCGAUUGAUAUUUUACCAGCUUGCCUGUCACUUUCAAUAGCUUAGGCAUAAAAAAAAUUAUUUUGGGUGGGGGGAGGACAGGGGAAUGGGGGAAUAAAGGAGAUGAAAAGAGGGGAAGCAGUUGAGUCUUUGCAGUAACUUGGUAAUUAAAAAAAAAAAAGUGUAUUCAAGCAGACUUCAGCAGGCUUCACUGUUCUCUUCCACUGUAUUUGUUACAUUUAAAAACAUUGUGUUAGAGUGGAUUAAAUGAACUCUAAGUUGGA